CAAGAGCAUACAUAUUCCAGAGCAGUGAUUUUGGCAGACGACGCGCAGUAUGAACAUAUCAGAGAACGAGACAUUCAUGUACCUGGACUAUGAUUACAAUGACACCUGCGAUCAGGAUCCCGGUCCAGAGCUGCCCGAUGGGUCCUUGGUCUUGCCGGUUCUGUACUACGUGCUGUUUUGUCUCAGUCUGCUUGGCAACAGCACAGUUCUCUGGAUUCUGCUGCGACACAUAAAGCUGAAGACGAUGACGGAUGUUUGCCUCCUUAACUUGGCCCUGUCAGACCUCAUCCUGGCUGUGUCUCUGCCCCUCUGGGCCCACAAUAUCCAGAACCUUGCCUCGUGCAAACUGAUGACAGGAGUCUAUCAGUUGGGUUUCUACAGAGGCACUUUGUUUGUGACUCUCAUGAGCGUGGACCGCUACCUGGCCAUCGUCCACGCUGUCGCAGCCAUGCGAGCCCGGACACUUCGAUAUGGAAUCAUAGCCAGCAUCACUAUCUGGGUUAUAUCUAUCACCAUGGCUCUGCCUGGGGUGACAUUUGCAUCCUUGGAGACAGAUCCAGAUGACAACAGCUCCCAGUGUCAGCCACUGUACCCAGAGGACAGGCAGCGCUUUUGGAAGAUGCUGCGAAACUUCAGCGAGAACACAGUGGGCCUUUUCGUGUGCCUCCCCAUCAUGAUUUUCUGCUAUGUGAAAAUACUUAUCGUGCUGUCCAAGUCCAGGAACUCCAAAAAGGACAGAGCUGUAAAGCUGAUAUUCACCAUAGUGUGUGUGUUUGUGGUGUGCUGGGUCCCCUACAAUGUCACAGUUUUCCUUCAGACAUUGCAGAUGUUUCUGGACAAACUCAACGCCUGUGAGCCUUCAAAAGCCAUUAACUCUGCCAUGGGCUUUGCUGAGAUCAUUGCUCUCUCUCAUUGCUGUUUAAAUCCAAUCAUCUAUGCAUUUGUAGGGGAGAAGUUUAGGAAGUCACUGGGCAAAGUGCUUUGCUGGGGUCACCGGAGCAGAGGGUUUCUCAGCCACAGAGACACCACAGACAAUACUUCCAACACUCCUGUAAAAUCAGAUUAUUAAGAAUGACACACCUUGCUACAAAGACGGCAUAUGUGAGAUGUUGUGCUUCCAAGAACUGUAAAAUCAUACUCAUAUUGAAAGUGUAUACAAUUUUAUGAACUAUCUAUUCAAACUGUGUAAUUCAAAGUAUUUCUGUAUCUUGUAAAACGAAUGAAGCUCAGCACAAGUUCAAUUAGAAAGACUUUCUUUAUGCCAUAUCCACUCACAAUUAUCUCUCUAUCCCACUUACACCACUUACACCAAUCAGCUGACUAUGAGUGUUCCCUUUUCCAGUUAGCCAGUCAAACUUUGCCACCAUCUCUGUCAGCCAUUCAUGUCUCUGCUGCCAAACUUUAAAUCUGUUCUUUCCUCUGCUCCUGUCAGCUGCUAUUUUAGGCAGACUCCUCACACCCACAUCCACCCCUUUCACCUCCAGUCACCUUAUCCAGAGCCCAGGACUAGCUCAUCAAAAGGCCACUCCUCUUCACAUCCAGAUCCUCACUUCCCUCUUUAUCUAAUCUCAUCACCACCACCAGCAUCUAGACACCACAGGGGAAGAUUUCUUAUCUACUACGUCUUUACCACCCUCCUGGAACAGAUGACAUUCACUUUUCUCACACUUAUGUGCUCAUGUAAAUAGAUAUUCUUUCCUCUCAGGACGACUCUCUCCUGAUUGAAUUGUUUUUGUAAAGGAAAAUAAAGAACUUUAAACUAAA